UGCAGUGUUGGGGGUUUAAUUUUGGACAGAACAGUCUCAGAUCCAAACUUUGCUGGGAUGGCCGUCUUCACACCGGUUAUUAAUGGUGUGGGUGGCAACCUGGUGGCAGUGCAGGCCAGUCGCAUCUCCACGUACCUGCACAUGAGUGGGAUGCCUGGAGAGAGCUCCGAAACAGCCCCUCGCAAGUGCCCCAGCCCUUGCAGCACGUUCUUCAGCUCAGAUGUGAAUUCUCGCUCUGCUCGUGUGCUUUUUCUUCUGGUGGUGCCUGGACACUUGGUUUUCCUUUACACCAUCAGCUCCAUGCAAGGUGGACACACUACGCUCACCCUGAUUUUCAUAGUCUUCUACAUGACAGCUGCACUUCUCCAGGUUCUCAUUCUUCUGUACAUUGCUGACUGGAUGGUGCACUGGAUGUGGGGCAGGGACCUCGAUCCUGACAACUUCUCCAUCCCAUACUUGACAGCACUGGGGGACCUAAUUGGAACAGGUCUCCUCGCUCUCAGCUUUCACAUCCUCUGGCUCAUUGGUGACCGAGACUCCGAUGUGGGAGACUAGCUCUCCCUGCUGCCCCCCCUUCUCACAGCUCUCCUUCUCCUUUCCUUUUGUUGUUGUUGUUUGUUUUCCUCCGUCCUUGCUCUCCUUUGCUUCUUCCCCCCGCCCUGUCUCUCUUGAGACUUUAUCUUUGAUACUGGAUUCUCAUUAUUUUCAAUGGGAAUUUUAUGUGGUUUAUAUUUCAAGCCAAGUUUGUACAGAAAAUAAAUCUAGUUUUAGGAAGGACAAAAAAAAAAGUGUAAUGAGACAAUCACCAAGUGCAAUUUCAUAGUAGUUAUGUCUGAACCAAGGUUACAGUGAAGAUACUGAUCC